GCCCUUCCAAAGGUUUUCAAGUCUAUAAAUAGGCAAGGAAGCCUCUCCCCUUCUUCACCCAUCUUUCUUAGCCUCCCUUCUCUUCACCUUCACAUCUCUACUUGUUGCCCUGAACAAAGAAACAAUAAGAAAGAUGAAGUUGUCCUACAUUGCACUCUCUGUGAUGCUUGUGCUGCUUCUAGCUGAAGCCCAGGUCUCAAUGGCUGUCACUUGCAAGCCAACAGAACUUGCUUCAUGUGCAUCUGCUAUCAUGUCUGCAACUCCUCCAUCUAAGCUAUGUUGCAGCAAGAUUAAGGAGCAGAAGCCAUGCCUGUGCAACUAUCUCAAGGACCCUAACCUCAAGAAGUUUGUCAGCUCCCCCAAUGCCAGGAAGGUAGCCAAUACAUGUGGUACUCCAUUCCCUUCAUGCUAGAGUUUAACAACUCUAAUUUGAUGGGCAUCCAUAUCUAGUUUUAGGCUACCCAUUAAGUAGAUUUGCAAGGGUGAUCUAUGAUCUCUAUUGUAGUUCCAUUAGUGGUGGUAUUCACUUCAGGGUCAUGGAGAGUAUUUUCUACUUCAGUUCAGUAUUGUCUUUGUUAUCUAUUUAUGUGUAGUUCUUGCUCCUGGGUCAUAUCCUCUGUUUUUGCUUACUAGAGUAGUGAAGGUGGGUUUGUUAGUUUGUCCCCAAAUGAGAUGUUUACUAGUAUAAUAUAAACUAGAGGGUUUGGAAAA